AUGGUCGGAGUGGAUUUUACACACGGCGUCAAUCAGCAGUUCGCCGACCUUCACAGCGCCGACCGCGUGAGCUCUGUUCGCAACAGGAAGUUGCAGUCGAUCCAGGGAGUGCGGAAAUCCUUCCCCGACGACAGUUCUAUAAAGAGAAGGAAGGUGGAAGCAGAGGGGGGAGAGCACAUUUUUGGAGGGACAGUAACUUACGCUUCCAAUUACUUCAAUGACUCUCCAAUCCCAUCUGGGAUUGAGCAGCUCACCAGUUUGACCCAUCUCAACCUCUCUUUUUUGAGUUUUUAUGGCCAAAUCCCGCUGGAAAUCUCUCGCUUGACCACUUUGGUGUCCCUCGAUCUAUCUUACAAUUCCCUUCAACUCAAAAACCCAAGCAUCAGAGCAUUCGUCCAAAAUCUGUCCAGUCUAAGAGAACUCCAUCUCAGUUGGGCAAACAUCUCAGUUCAGGGUAGUGAGUGGGGCUUGGCCUUAUCCUCGGCACUCCCUCUCCUCCGCAAGUUGAGCUUGAGCUCUUGUCGUCUUUCAGGCCCCAUCCAUCCUUCCCUUUCCAACCUCCAUUUCCUAUCUGAACUCCACCUGAGUGGAAACUAUCUCUUUUCGGUGGUACCUAACUUCAUAGGGAACUUCUCUUCUUUAACUUCACUGCGCCUCAGAUAUUGCAUUUUGCAUGGCAAAUUUCCAGAGAGUAUUUUCAUGCUGCCAAACCUACAAACCUUGCAUGUAGGAUACAAUCCACUUCUUACGGGUGAAAUCCCUCCAAACAAUACUCUCCGGGAGUUGUCCCUAUCCGACACUGGAUUUUGUAGCAACCUACGGGAUUCAUUCACUAAUUCCAAACUGCUGACAAAGAUCCAGUUUAGUGAUUGUAACCUAACCGGCCAAUUUCCAUCAUGGCUUGUGAAGCUCGAGAAACUCAUGUAUUUGGAUCUUUCAUACAAUGGUUUCAGUGGACCAUUGCCAUCAUCAUUGUUUUCACUCCCAUCAUUACGAGAGGUGCAUCUCCGAGAUAAUCAAUUUAGUGGUCAACUUGUGGAGAAGUUCCCUCACUUAUUUGCAAUUGUACUUUUUUGCAAUUGUACUUACUUACAAGUCCUCGAUCUGUCUCACAACCGCUUCAGUGGUUCUAUUCCACCAUGUUUGGGUCAAAUCAGUAAUGCCCUCAUUGUGUUGAAUCUUGGAGGAAAUGCAUUUCAUGGCCCGUUGCUUCAAACAUUCAAAGAGGAGUGCACUCUAGAGACACUUGAUCUCAAUGGAAAUCACUUAGAAGGACAGGUGCCAAGUUCUUUGGCCAGGUGCAAGAAGCUAGAGGUGUUAAACCUUGGAAACAAUCAAAUACAUGACACCUACCCUUUCUGGAUAGAAAAUUUAUCCCAGUUGCACAUUCUCAUCUUGAGAUCCAACAAAUUUCAUGGCACCAUUGGGCACCCCCAAGCAAAUCAUACAUUUCCACUAUUACAAAUCUUUGAUCUCUGUAACAAUAGCUUCACGGGUAAGUUGCCAUCAAAUAUGUUAAGGAGUUGGAAAGCAAUGAUGGAGACCAAAUCUCAAUCUCAAUUUCUUAGCAAAACAUUUGACUAUGGAUACUAUCAAGAUAAAGUGACUAUAGUGAUCAAAGGGCAAGAAAGGGAACUUGUAAAGAUCCUUAUUGCCUUCACGGUAGUGGAUCUCUCAAAUAACCAAUUUCAUGGAGAUAUUCCAGAAUCAGCUGGGAAUUUAAAGUCAUUGGUUGUGCUUAAUAUGUCCUGUAACCAUUUCACAGGCCGAAUUCCAGCAUCACUUGGAAACAUUAAAGCUCUUGAGUCAUUGGAUUUAUCACAUAAUAGUAUAUCUGGAGAGAUUCCUUGGCAAUUGACAAAGCUAAACUUCCUUGCCGUGUUGGACCUUUCGGAAAACUUCCUCAUUGGAAGCAUACCGCAAGGUCCACAAUUCAAUACAUUCACAAAUAAAUCUUUUCUAGGGAACUCGGGAUUAUGUGGCACUCCACUGUCAAAGAAAUGUGAACACAUUGAGGCUUCACCACCAUUGGCACAAUCGGAAAGCAAAUAUGACUGGAAAUCCAUGUGGAUUGGCUUUGGAGUUGGAUAUGGAGUGGGAAUGGGAAUUCUUUUUUGGACUCUAGCACUUUGGACAAAGGGAAUGAAAGAAUUCACUAUAUUUGUUGAUAGAGUGCUUGUGCUGAUUUUUCCAUGUGAGGCAUUUAUUCUAAUGCAUCCAUACUAA